AUGUCACCACCCCUCCGCAUCGGCGUCCUCCUCGUAGGAACCGUCCAACUCCUCGAUCUAGCAGCCGUUGAUCUCCUCUACAUGACAACACCAGAAUAUCUCCAAGAAUGCUCACUCCCACAGCCACUAAUAGACAUGGGCCGACCCUGCGAGAUCCACUACAUCGCCCACGGCGAACCAAAUACAACAGUCAACACGACCUCUCAGAUGUCCAUACAACUAACUAACUCCCUCACAGACUCUGCUGUCUCCCCUGGAAAGCUAGACAUCCUGGUAGUCCCCGGCCCAUCACCUAAAGCCAUGCCACCAGCAGAAGAAUACCUUGACUUUGUGCGUGCGCAUUUCGCAGUCGGCACGCCCACCUUGAGUAUCUGCACUGGUGCUUUCAUUGUUGGGUAUUCCGGGAUUGCAAAGGGGAGAUCAGUCACUGCGCCCCGGCUUUUAAUUCCUGAAAUGAAGAAGAGGUUUCCCGAGGCGAAGUUGUGGGAUGAUUCAGUGAGGGUUGUUAGGGAUGGGAACUUGUGGACUAGUGGUGGAAUCACAAAUGGACACGAUCUGGUCAUUGCGUACUUGCGUGAACAUUACCCUGCCGCUCUGGUGAAUAUUAUCCUCGUCGCUGCGGAUAUUCCUUCCCGUCCGGUGGCGUACGCUAGCUCUGCGACGGGUGAUACUUUCUAUGUGCUAUGGCAGAUUAUCAGGGCUCUCCCGAAUGCAGUGGGUCGGUUGCUUGGUGGGAAGUGA